AUGUCAUUAAAGGAUGCCUUAGCCAAAGGAAUUGCCGAAAUACGGGGAGAAAUGGCGGCUAAUUUUCAAGAAAUAUCUAGUUUGCGGCAGGAAUUAACUUUGGCUCGCACGGAAUUGAAGAGAGCAGAGCAUGAUAUUAGUGAUAUCAGAAAUCAAAUUAACUUAAAUACCCAAAUGAGCAAUACCAACAGCAGUAAAUUUAGCCACGAAAUAUCCGAUUUACAAAGCCAAAUAAAUAGUAUCAUCAAUCGGAUAAAUAAUCUCGGAAGUAGUAGCAGCGGAAGUGAAAAUCAGGCGACUCAAAAAUAUAGUAAUUUAAGUCAAACAAUUAGUCAAUUUACCAAGCGAUUAAAUGACUAUAUCAAAGGAGGAGGCAGUGAUAUAGACAAAAUUAGGGAUAUUAUUAACAACUUUAUUGAUAAUUAUUUAAUAAAUAGUAAACAAAGUGGGGAAGCCUUAGAACUCUUAACUAAUUUAGAAAGUAAUAGUGUUGACCUUAUUUUUUUAGACCCCCAAUAUGAAAAAGUUAGCAAUGUUCUGCACACUAAUUAUCCUUUAUAUCCCCAAUCUGAUUAUCAAAUUAUGCGGAUAUUAGAGCAAAAGUAUCCUACUACCGGUAAAAAGUUUACUAAUCGUUCUUUUGGGACUGUUUGGGAAGAGAGUAGUUUGCCAACUGGACAAAGAAAACAUCCCCACCAAAAACCGCGGGAAUUAAUAAAAGCAUUAAUUAUGGCUACCACUAAUGAAAAGGACUUAAUAAUUGACCCUUGUGCUGGUUCUUUUGUGGUUUUAGAGAUCUUGCCGAUCGCUGAACAAAAGCAUAUUACUGUUUGGGUUAGUAUGAGUCUGGAAGACCGCUAA